UUUGUUUCAAAACUCACCAUGGAUCAGUUUCGAGGUUUAUUUGCUAAACUGGAUAAAAACGAGGAUGGAUUCAUAUCAGUGUCGGAGCUCAAAGACGAAAUGAGGAAGCAUGGAAUCCUGUCAGCGGAUGGAAAGGUCCAGAAUAUAGUCGAUUCUUAUGACAAAGACAAAGAUGGCCUGUUGGAUUAUAAAGAGUUCCUCAGCUACAUGAUGGACAGGGAGAGGAAAUGGAAAAUUCACUUUCAUGACCUUGACAAGAACAAGUGUGGGGAGAUUGACCAGGAGGACAUCAUAUGUUUGUUUAAGGAGUUAGGAGUGGUCAUAUCAAAGCCGAAUGCAAAACAAAUUAUUCAAAUGAUGGAUAAGGACAGUUCGAUGACGGUGGACUGGGGGGAGUUCCUGCACUAUGUCAUCCUCAACCCUGUGGACAACAUCGGGGAGCUGGUGUCGUCAUGGAAACACAGCCUGGUUUUCGAUGUGGGUGAGAGUCGUGCGAUGCCCAUCGAGUUCCCCGAAGAGGCCUCAGGUUUUGGUGCAUGGAGGACGUUUGUUCUCGCAGCGGGUUUGGCAGAUGCUGUAUCUCGAACCGUGACGGCACCCAUUGACCGCCUCAAGACCCAACUCCAGGUUCGUGGAUCCAAAGCUUUCUCCCAGGGCUUCCAAGAGAUGAGGGCAGGUGGUGUGCGGUCGAUGUGGCAAGGCAACACCGUCAACGUGCUGAAAGGAACGCCACAGUCGACGCUGCAGUGUCUCAUCUACGCCCAGAUGAAGGCAUCCACCCAGAGCAGCACACAGGAGACUCUCUCGGUGCAGCAGCGUUUCGGCUUGGGUUGCGUCUCCGGCGCUGCCGCUCACGCUGCCUUCUACCCUUUAGAGGUGCUGAAGGUGAGGUUGAACUUGCAGCAAGCUGGCACCUACCAUGGUGUUGUGGCAUGUGCUCGAUCUAUUUACAGACACGAGUCACUGUCUGCCUUUUACAGAGGAUUCAAGCCAAGCGUCCUCUGCAUGAUCCCCUACGCAGGUGUGGAGUGUGCAGUUCAUCAGUCAAUCAUGAACUGGGCCAAGAGUGAUCCAGCUUACAACAGUGACUCCAAACUGUUUUUCUUCAGUUUUGUGGCUUUUGCCUCAGCACAAAUGACCAGUUACCCUCUGGCAGUGAUCCGGACUCAGCAGCAAGCACAAGCUUUGAGCUCAGAUUCACGUCCAGCUUCAGGUGUAUUGCAAGGACUGAUAGGGAUAUAUGAACAACGUGGAAUUAAAGGAUAUUAUAAUGGAAUGGGAGCCAGCUUCGUCAGAGCUCUACCAUGUGCUCUGAUUAACUACACUUUAACUAGAAAAUUUGAAAAUCUGGUUUCCUCAAUGGAGCCUUGAGAUUUAGCAAAGAGGUAGCUUUGUUUUGGAACACAUAGAAAACUGUGAACUCUUAUGAAUGGUAACUAAGGGAAAACAUAAUCCUGGAAAACCUGGGAAAAUAGCUGAAGAAAUGUAAUUAUCAUGUGAUCCAAUCUUUAAUAAGUCAGUAGGCCUACUUUUUUUUAAAGCUUAAAUUAAGUGAAUGAAUAGCUACCGACCAAAAGAAUGAGACAUUUAAAAAAAGAAA